AUGGAAGGAUCAGAUGAGCUAAAAACAUUGAUUUUGAAUACUCUUUAUAAUGGGGACAUUGAGGAUACCCUUAUGCUGCGUUUAAAUGGGGAAAAAGAAGCAAUUGAUCAGCAAAAAAUUCAAGGAUGUUUAAAUUCUCUUGUAAGCAAAGAAAUGGUUACAUAUAAAAUUAUUGAAAAAGAGUACUUUAUUUUAACUGAGGAGGCAAAAGAUAUUGUCUUGAAUGGAAGUUAUGAAGCAAAAAUUUUUAAUUUAAUUUGUUCAUCAAUAAAUGGAUUAACUCUUGAAGAACUUGAGUCUAUUAUGGGACCAUCUAUAGAACAUGGAUUGAAACAAGUUUUUAAAAAUAAGUGGGUUAAAAAAGUUGGUAGUAAUCUUGUUAAAAAUGUUGAUUCUAUUACGGAUACAGUUGCCCAUAAUUUGAAAAUAAUACAGGAAAAUGGAACGCAUUCUGAUUCUAGUGUUAUUAUAGAACUUCGAAAACGUAAACUUUUAGAAAAAAAUAAACAAAUAUCAUUUUCUGUAAAAAAAGGACCUAAGUUUUCACUUUCUAUUAAAAAACAAAUAACAGAUCUUACUGUAGAAAUUUUGCAAUCAAAAUUGUAUGAAUCUAUGGAAUUUAAACCAUAUAAUUUUGAUGCCAAAGGAACUAAUAUUCCAUCUGGAUCAUUACAUCCACUUCUAAAAAUGAGGGAAGAAUUUAGGUCAAUAUUCUUUGAAUUGGGUUUUGAAGAAAUGCCAACCAAUAAAUUUGUUGAAUCAUGUUUUUGGAAUUUUGAUUCACUUUUUGUUCCUCAACAACAUCCUGCUCGAGAUUUACAAGAUACCUUUUAUAUUAAAACGCCUAGAUUAUCUAAACCUAUGCAAGAAAAACAAUAUGUUGAAGCUGUUCGUCGUAUACAUGAAGAGGGUAAUUUUGGAUCUAUUGGUUACCGAUAUCCUUGGUCUUUAGAAGAAUCCAGGAGGCUUGUAUUACGCACUCAUACGACUUCUAUAUCAGCAUUUAUGCUUUAUAAACUAGCAAAUCAAGAAGGAGGAUUUACACCUGCAAAAUAUUUCUCAAUAGAUCGUGUUUUUCGAAACGAAACUGUUGAUUCGACACAUUUAGCUGAAUUUCAUCAAGUAGAAGGUGUUAUUGCUGAUUAUAAUUUAACUCUUGGUGAUCUUAUUGGUUUUAUGGAUUUGUUUUAUAGUAAAAUGGGUGUAAAAAAUUUAAAGUUUAAACCUACAUAUAAUCCUUAUACAGAACCAUCUCUUGAAAUAUAUUCAUAUCAUGAAGGUUUAAAACGCUGGGUUGAAAUUGGAAAUAGUGGGUUGUUUCGACCAGAAAUGUUAGAACCUAUGGGACUUCCAAAAGAUGUCAGAGUUUAUGGUUGGGGCCUUAGUUUGGAACGGCCAACUAUGAUUAAAUAUAGACUUAACAAUAUUAGAGAUCUUCUUGGUCAUAAAGUUGAUUUAGAUAAGAUUCAAGCUAGUCCUGCAGUAAGAUUAAGUGAAGGAAUUAUUUGAAUAUAAUGAGAUUAAUAAUUUGGUGUCAAUAUAAUUAAAAUUUUAAUUUAUUAAAAAAAUUUAGCCUUGACUGUUAAUAUUGUUAAUUUAAUAUUUACAAAAAAUAUCA